GGUAGACUUGACCCAAAGUGGCAGCUUGUAAGUGUUUACAUAGAUACACGAAGGGGGCCAGAAUGCUGCCUGGUGCCAGUUUUCCGGAGGGCCACACUGAGCAAGGGAGGGAUCAGCUUGUAUCCCCUUCGCAGGCUUCUACUUGGCCGGCUUGGUGCCACGUCGAAGGUCUCCUUAUGAGCCACGCUCACCUCUCACAAUGCACUCCAAGAGCCACCCAGAGGCAUCCCAUAGCUCUGAUUUUUUGCAUUUUGUGGGGCCAGCACUUGGUUACUGCUAACCCACCUCAGUUUGUUCCUUGGCUAGGAAGUCAUUGGCUACCAAAGGAAAAGAUGGAAGACCAUCCUGUGCCACAUUUUCACUGUGCUGUUUGUGGGGCUUCCCCUGGCCAUCUUUUACUGGAAGCCACACGUCAGAGUCCAAGCCAGAUGCAGCCGCUGCCCACUCCGCCAGGCCGACUGGGUGGUCAUCCACGACCAGUUGGGCCAGAAUUUCACAGCCAAGGUGGAAAGAGAACUGGUAGGGGAAGGCAGGCAAACAUCGUCCAGUACUUUGUCUUUGAGGGUCUGCGCUACAUCUGGAUGGAGAAAUUGCAGGCAUACUGCAGAGCAAGCAAGCUGGAUGAAAGCUGGACAUGUUUGGAUAUCCAUCUCUGCCACCACGGACUGAGCACCGAAGAACAGGCUGCCAGGAGGAAGAUCUAUGGACCAAACCUCAUCGAUGUCCCAGUACAUUCUCCCCUUCAGCUGCUGAGGGAUGAGGUCUUGAACCCAUUCUACAUCUUUCAAAUCUUCAGCAUCAUAUUGUGGUUCUGUGAGGAUUACUACUGGUACGCCAUCUGCAUCCUGCUCAUCUCAGCCAUCUCCAUUGGGAUUUCUCUCUAUGAGACAAAGAAGCAGCGCGUGACCCUGCAGAAGAUGGUGAAGGUGUCCAUCAGUGUGAAGCUCCGCAGAGCCCUUGGAGGGGGAAUUGCAGAUGAGGUGCUGGUGAGCUCCGUGGACCUUGUGCCUGGGGACUGCAUCCUGGUCCCCGCGGAGGGGAUGCUCGUGCCUUGUGAUGCGGCCUUGCUGACUGGCGAAUGCAUGGUCAACGAAAGCAUGCUGACUGGGGAGAGCACCCCGGUGAUGAAGACCCCUUUGCCCCAGGACCCUCAGGCUGCGGGCACAGCCUACUCCCCUGAGCAGCACAAGCGGCACACGCUCUUCUGCGGGACGCGGGUCCUUCAGGCCAGGUGCUACACUGGCACCGAGGUCCUUGCGGUGGUGACUCGCACAGGCUUCUGCACAGCCAAAGGCGAUCUUGUGAGUUCCAUACUUUACCCCAAACCAGUGAACUUCAGGUUUUACAAGGAUGCUGCAAAGUUUGUUAUUGUCCUCGCAGGCCUGGCUGCUCUCGGGACCGCUUACAGCAUCUACAUCCUGCACAGAAAACAGGUGGCUGCGAGCCAGAUCGUCAUCCGGGCCCUGGAUGUCGUGACGGUGGUCGUGCCCCCAGCCUUGCCGGCUGCGAUGACCGCCGGCACCAUCUACGCCCAGAGCCGCCUGAAGCAACAGGGCAUCUUCUGCAUCAGUCCGCCCCGGAUCAACCUCUGCGGCAAGGUUCGCCUGGCCUGCUUCGACAAGACAGGGACCCUCACGGAGGAUGGGUUCGACGUUUGGGGCGUUGUUCCCCGAGAGAACUGCGGCUUCUUGCCCCUGAUCCAUGAGCUGCACCGCCUGCCCGGAGGGCCCCUGCUGUCCUGCCUGGCCACCUGCCACACUGUCUCCGUCCUCAAGGGCCAGCUGGUCGGAGACCCAGCUGACCUCAAGAUGCUGGAAUCCACGGGAUGGACCCAGGAGGAGGUCGAAGGGGCCGAGGCAGAGGCCCAGGUGGCCCACACUUUUGGGACCAGAGCCUUGGUUGUGAUGAGUCCUCCAGAGCAGCCUCCGGGCACGAGGCAGGUGCUGCCGCUGGCCAUCCUCCGCCGCUUCCCCUUCGCCUCGUCCCUGCAGAGAAUGAGCGUGCUGGUGAAGCCCCCGGGAGACGCCCUGCCAGAGGUCUACAUGAAGGGCGCGCCGGAGAUCGUGGCUGGCCUCUGCACGAGCGAAUCAGUCCCCACAGACCUCUCCCAGGCGCUGUGCCGUUUCACGAGGGACGGCUUCCGGGUGCUGGGCCUGGCUUACAAGCCCGUGGUCGCCAUCGGAACCUUCGAGGAAGUCCAAGACGUGAGCAGGGACUCCGUGGAGAGCCAGAUGUGCUUCCUGGGACUCUUGGUGCUGAAGAACGUCCUCAAGGCCGAGACCACCCCCGUGAUCCACUCGCUGCGCAGCGCCGAGAUCCGGACUGUCAUGGCCACAGGGGACAAUAUGCUCACGGCCAUCAGCGUGGCCAGGAACUGCCACAUGGUAGAGGCCAAGGAGCCAGUGGUCUUUGUGAACGCCGCGCCGCCCGACCACGGCAGCCCAGCCACACUCAGGUUCACCCCUGCAGAGCAGGCCACGGAGCCCGCCGAGGGUUCCUACCAGCUGGAGAGCUACUUCCCGGAGCAGCAUGCCUGCCACUUGGCCAUGGAUGGGAAGUCCUUCGCCGUGGUCUGUGAGCACUUCCCCGACGUCCUGCCGAAGAUUCUGGUCCGGACAACAAUUUUGGCCCGGAUGCUACCUGAGCAGAAAGCUCUCCUAGUUCAGAAACUACAAGAGCUUAACUACUGCGUCCUGAUGUGUGGCGACGGGGCCAAUGACUGCGGGGCCCUGAAGGCCGCCGACGUGGGGAUCUCGCUUUCCGAAGCAGAGGCAUCCGUGGCAUCGCCGUUCACGUCCCGCACUGCCAACGUCGAAUGCGUCCCGGCCGUCAUACGGGAAGGGAGAUGCUCCCUGGUCACCUCCUUUGGGAUCUUCAAGUACAUGGCCCUCUACAGCCUGGUGCAGUUUGUCUCCGUGCUCCUCCUCUACACAAUCAACACGAACUUGAGCGAUUCACAGUUCCUCUUCUUCGACCUGGCCAUCACUUCCACGGUGGCUGCUCUGAUGGGCAGAACGGCCCCUGCCACGGGCCUGGGCCCGGCCCGCCCGCGAGGCACCCUCAUCAGUGUCCCGGUGCUGGGCAGCCUUCUGCUGCAGACGGGGCUCCUCAUCGCUGUCCAGGUUGGCAGCUACCUCAUCGCCACCUCUCAGCAGUGGUUCGUCCCGCUGAACAGCACCGUCACGGCACCGAGGAACAUCCCGAAUUACGAGAACACUGUCGUGUUCUGCAUCACCGGAUUCCAGUACCUCACGCUGGCCGUGGCCAUGUCGAAGGGCGACCCCUUCCGAAAGCCCCUGUACACCAAUGUCGUCUUCCUGAUCGCCCUGAUUGUCCUGUUCGGCCUCAUGAUCUGGCUAACACUUCACCCACUGAACUUCAUGAAGAAACUGCUGAAGCUGAAGGGCAUCGAUGACCUGGAGUUCAAGGCCGGCCUCCUCGGGAUGGCCACCAUCCACUUCUUCAUGGCGUUUGUGCUGGAGAUUCUCCUGGAGCAUGGCCUGCUCGGCUGCCUGCGGAAGUGGCGGCGGAGGACCUCGUCCAAGAAGCGCUACAAGAUGCUGGAGAGAGAGCUGCGGGAGCAGCAGCCUACCUGGCCUUUGAUGCACGAGCCCCUCUUCGCCCCCAGCAAAGCCUCCGUCGCCACCAGAUGACGCCGGCCCCCCAACUCCUGCCGCCACUGCCCCUGUACGUGCCCUGCAGGGGCUGCCGCACCGCCAUUUCUGUCCCGGCAGCCCUCUUGGCUCCUGCUCGGUCCAACUGGCAGCAUGAAAGCGAUCCAGUCUUGGCUCUCCUCAUCCCCAUUCCUGACUAAGGCCUUGGCCCCUCCUGAAAAGACUGAGGAGGGGGCCGCUCAGCUGCCCCAGAGGUGCUUGCCAGGGCUGCCCACUGCGGGCACGAAGGUCCACCGCGGCCGCUGGCAAAACCCGUGCAGGCCCUCGCGUCCCUACACAGGGCUUCCCAGUCCCUAGACAUAAUGCCCGGGCGGUGAAACUGCUCCUUGCCCUGAACGAAGUUUCCUCUCCUGCUGCCUUGUGUCCCGCCUGGAUCAUGUCCUCCACUGAUCAGCUGGGCUGUCAUUUGGGUCUGUGCUUCUGCAGGGAGAGCGCUGGCUCCAGGCUUGGCUGUGGCAAGUGUGUGAUGCGGGUCAGCCCUCCGGAUGACUCAGACGCCGGUCUGUGGAGCACCCUGCCAGGUUCAGUGCAGGACUGAGCCCCCUGCGCCGCUCUGGCACUCGCAGCUCCUCCCGCAGCACGACCUCACCUAUCCUCGGGGGGGGGGGGCACUCCGGGCCGCACCAUCUCCUUCAAGCAAGGGGCACAUCUCUGGCUCCUGUGACAGCUGCUGUUUUUCCAAAUUGUGCUGAAUUGAUCUUGAAUGGACCCUCCAAAGAUGUGGCUCAGCACAGUUCCCAGAGAGAAGGCUGCUUUUCAAACUGGAACACGUACUCAAAAGUUCCUCGCUGUCUGUCCAGCUCCAUUUCUGCGGGCUGCAAUGAUCACUACCGAGAGCCCUCUUAGGCUGCGAGGGUCUUACAGGACUGAAGAGUGCGUGCGUGCUUGCUUGCUUGCUUGCUUGCUUGCUUGCUUGCUUGCUUGCUUGCUUGCCAUGAGACUCUUCCCUGCCACCUCCCGCCAAAGCUUCUGCAAAAGGAUGGCAAGAUCCAGGAAGAGCUGAUGGUCCACACCAUUGCCAUGUGAAUUAUGAAUGUGCAUCAUAAUAAACAGAUGGUAUUUUCCUAACAA